GUAUUUCAUUUUAACAAAAUUACCUGAUGCACGUCUCUAAUAUUAAUUUUAAAAUGCUAAAUUGUUGUGAUUUGUGAAUUACCUAUAAUAUACAAAUGAUAUAAGAAAUAUCAAAUAUAUGACUAAAAUAACAAGUUAAUCACUAAAAAACUAUAUGAUACUAGUGUUUGUGCAGUGUAAUUCAUUUUAAUUAUUCGUGAUAGCCAAAUAUGUGCCUCUUGCGUUCAUGAUGAAGCCGUUCGGUAGCGGGCCCACCAUCAAUGGAUAUGUUAUGAUGUACAUGUCUAGAUGGAAGCGAUUCGCGGUUGUGCUGCUGCUGAUAUGGAUCGCUGUUACGUAUCUCGUAAUAUCGCCACUGAGAUGCGAAGGAGGCACAGAAGAUGUUUCGGAGUUCCAAAAUAGAUUAAGAACGGUAUCGAUGCAAUUAGAAUCUCUCAAAAUACAGCACAAUAAACUUAUUUCUCAGGUUAAGAAAUCUGUAGGUCUGAAUCCCAAUCUCAAAGAUAUAGACAUGGGUUCGCUAUUCGACUCCGUGGGUGGACCUUCAGAAGAAUAUGAGAAUCUCAGGAGAAGGAUAUUUUCAAAUACGAAGGAAAUUUGGUAUUUUAUUAACCAUGAGCUGACGAAACUUAAGAAAGGUGAUAUUAAACUAGACAAGUUGCCUGACAUUUUGGAGCAAAUUGAACAUAGAAAAAGCUUUAUACUGUCAGACCAACAGAAGCUUCCAGAGUUAGAUGGAUACCAGGACUGGAGGCAACAGGAAGCUGCAAAUGUCAGUGACCUGGUGCAAAAAAGGCUCAAGUACCUUCAAAAUCCGAGUAAUUGUAGGGACGCUAGAAAAGUUAUAUGCAACUUGAAUAAGGGUUGUGGCUUCGGAUGCCAGCUUCAUCACAUAGUGUACUGCCUGAUUUUUGCGUACGCCACUGAGAGGACCUUGAUCCUCAACUCCAAGGGAUGGAGAUACAACACAAAGGGCUGGGAGUAUGUCUUCUAUCCUAUUUCGGAAAGCUGUCUCACCGCGUACGAUGAUAAAGUCAUUCAAUGGCCAGCCAACUACGAUCCAAAAGUGGUGUCUCUGCCGUUCAUAGACUCGAUCUCACAGAAGCCAAAAUUUCUGCCGCUUGCGAUACCCACAGAUCUUGCACACCGUAUAGUCCGCUUCAACGGUGACCCAUCUUCGUGGUGGAUCGGUCAAAUGCUCAAAUUUAUUCUCAAGCCGAAGCCCGCGAUGCAAAAGGCGAUCAACGAGACGAUCUCUAAGAUGCACUUCAUGCGGCCUAUUGUUGGCGUACACAUACGUCGUACGGACAAAGUCGGUACGGAGGCUGCCUUCCACAGUAUAGACGAAUACAUGGUUCACGUUAAGCAAUAUUAUGAUCAGCUGGAGUUAACUCAACACGUUGACGUCAGAAGAGUGUAUUUGGCCAGUGAUGAUGCUAAUGUAUUAGGUGACGCUCGCUCAAAGUACCCGGACUACGAAUUCUUGGGUGACCCGUCUAUAGCCAAAACGGCCGCUACACAUCGUAGAUACACGCCGGUAUCACUCACCGGACUAUUGGUAGAUUUGCAUAUGCUGGCUAUGAGUGAUUAUAUUGUUUGCACUUUUAGUAGUCAGGUCGGUCGUGUAGCGUAUGAAAUGAUGCAAACGAACAGAGUGGACGCAUCUGAUAGUUUUUACUCUUUGGACGAUAUUUAUUACUUUGGGGGUCAAAACGCUCACAAUCGCCGGGCUAUUAUGAACCAUAGCCCGCGGUCCAAUCAGGAGAUUGCAUUCCAGGCGGGAGAUCUGAUAGGAGUGGCUGGGAACCAUUGGAACGGUUUCGGUCGAGGGACCAAUAAAAGAACUAAUAUGAAUGGCCUUAUCCCGUGGUACAAAACGGCUGAUCAUUUAGUGCUUUAUCCUUUCCCCGAGUACAAACACGCAAACGAACGUCAGAAUGAGUUAUAGGUGUUUUAUAAGUACAGUCAGCAAGUAAAAUGAUUAAUUUAUUAAAUUAUUUACAUAAAUCAAUGCUUUAAGUGGUAUGAAAAGAAAAAGAUAAUUUUAAUAUGAUUAAGUUGAAAUAACUCCAAACUUGCGGCGUUUGAAUGAGUUUUAUGAAAUAUGGCCUAGUUUUCUAUUUAAUUAUUAACUAAUGGCAUGUUUUUGUGAUUUUAUAAUUUUCGUUGCUGACUGUACGUAGACGAUUUAACCCAUGUUGUUAAUAUUAUUAAUGAAUUUAUUCGAAUAAGUCAAAUAAUUUGUAAAAGCAUUUAAUACUGUGUUAUCGGGGUUCCUAUAUCUAAACUACGGAUGUCGAUGAAUGGUUUUUGUAACGAGCUUAUUUGCUGACUCUAUUUGGGACAUUUGAGUUGUGUUCGUGCGUUUUAUUUUCUUCAUAACUUACUGACUAAAACUACAGAUAGUUUUGACGAGAACUACGAGUUCGGUAUGUCAAAAUACGGUUUUGACAUACCGGAGUCGGUUCUAAGUCUGGACUUAGUAAAAUUUUGGAAAAAUGGAAUCAGGGUUAGAGGACCUGCCUUCCUUCAAAGAUUAAUGAACAGAUCUAGAAAACUUACUAUAAGUUGUAAGGUGAUCUGAUGUCUCUUUCUAUAGCAUAGCAACAGACAGAGAUAGCGAUAUGAUAAAGGACAGUGUAUCGGCUGUUACGGUUGUAAGGCGAUCUGUUGUCUCUAUCCAUAACAUACCAACAGACAGAGAUAGCUAUAUGUUAAGGGCCAGUCUAUGACUUGUUAUGGUUGUAUGGAGAUCUGAUAUCUCUAUUUAAAGCUUACUAACAGAAAGAGGUAGCUAUAUUUUAAGGAACUGUAUGGGCUACUAUAAACCAAUGUUUAAAUAAAUACCUAUUGAUUAGUAAAAAAUAACAACGCAUAUCCGUAGUUUAAAUGUAGGAAGCCGUGUUACGUCACAAGGUGAUAGUAUUAACAUUCUCCAUUUUUUGAUUCAAUAAAUUUCGAAUCUCAAACUAAACUCAACAUUCCGUAAAUAGGCCGGCAACACAACACCUGGCUUUAUACAGACAUCUUUGUUGUAUUUGACUGUCGACACAAAACAAACAAUCGUAAUUAAAAUUACAGAUAUUAAUGAAUAAAUAUUUAUAAAUAAAUAAUGUAAUUUUUAUGUUUAAAAAUAUAAAAAUUACACUAUUUUUAUUGUUCAAAACAUUUAUAGACUUCCGAAUUCGGAAAAAGUACUGUAAUCACCAAAAACAAUACAAGUCUUUCCUCUUCUCUUACUUCUGUCAAGAACGAUGUUUCUGAUUUUUUUGGAAAUUUGACUUUGACUGUCUCCGAAUCUCAGUGUAAGACUUACCCAAAAAUAUUGUUCCAUAGUGUCGCUAGCUUUCAAAUGCUGUCAAAAUGUCACAUGUCAACUUUAAAACUUUAAGUUUCGUCUCCUUCCAAUUGUCAACGCUGUUGUGAAAACAGACGCAAGUGUUACAUGGCAUGCCUAUGGAUGAUAGCCUAUCACUGAUAGGGUCUGAUAAUCGAAGGAUUAAAUUCCAAUGUAUUGAAAAUCAGUUAAAUGUGUUGUCUGUGCCUGUGUGUACCUGUUAUACAAACGUCUAAACUAUUUAACAAUCAUCAUACCCGAUCCUCAUUAUCAUUCCAUCUUCCGUCAUUAGUCACUCAUACUUUAAAGUACUAUAACAAGUACUACUGCUCAAAGAUCUGCAUUUUGUGAUGUAUUUUACGUGUAUUGUAUACAUAAUGGAGUGCACUGCUUGUAAUGUGAUAAUAUUUUUACGUCCUCUUUUCAAUUAUACGUUGUAUCAGUAUUUUACGUGACUAAUUAACAACUAAACACGAGCUAAGUACAAACUUAGUUUGCAGCAGUGCUAGAAUAUGUGGGAAUUAUUCAAAUCUUUAUACAUACACUGAUUAUCUCAUUACAUCACAAUAAAUCAAACUGAAAAUAACUUUAUCAUCCAAAUUUACAUUUACAUUUCGCAAGUCGUAGAGCGAGUAAGAAGAACUGGCAACUGGAACUGGAACUCCGCCUCUUGUAUCGCCAAGUUUUGAGUCCUGUGAGAAUAAAAACAUUGACGUAAAUAUCUUAUUUGGUAUUUAUUUUAAAAACGUACACUAAUGCAGAAAAUAUCGCGAUGCUUUCAAAUGUUAUAUUUCUAUAGUGUGAAAUAUAUGAUUUGUCAAGUCCAUAAUUGGUUUUCCGUAUCUUUGCUCCUGUAGUAGUUUAUAAAUCUGGGUUCCUAGUUUUAGCAAUUUUCAAAACAGUUUUACGAUGUAUAACGCGAUUUCUUAUAACGUGGUCGUGUUAUAGGGAAUUACUGUACAUGCACGUGUAUCAAUAACAAGUGUGUGCGU